AUGAGAGCGUUGGGAUCCUCAUGGGUCAUGAGGUCAUCAUCAUGGUUUUUUUCCAAUCAACAACAACAACAACAACACCACAUGGGUCAUACCGUACGAGCGAUGAUUACAAUCAUGAACCGAACAGAGUCUGCCAAUGAUUGCUCUCGGAACUACAGUACGACCAGUAAAAAUCUCUCGUCAUCCUCCUCCAUGCAAGCACAAGUAUCUUGUCACACGGAACCAUCCAAGCCAUUGAUUACUCCCAAAAUUCGUUACCUUCAUAAGGAUUACAGAAAAUCCACAAGUGUUAAUGAACCAUACAAUAUUUUUGAUAUUGAAUAUAACAAAUUAAGAAUGGAAUUAUUAGAGAAGGAAGAACAGAGCAGCUCAUUGCAAGCCUCCUCCGCCUCCUCUGCUGUAGAGGCACAGCAAAAUAAUAAUACAACCCAUUCGACACCAUAUUUGAACAAGAUGUACUUGAUUGCACAAGGAUACUGUUUGGGAAAAGCUUAUCGCCAACAAGUUCAAGGAGAUGAUGAAAAAUUGUAUGGUGGAGAAGAUGCCUUUUUUAUUCAAGAUAACAACGACAUGACUUGUCACAAUAAUCCAUAUAAGGUUGAUCCAAAAAAUAGUGUGCAAUGUGUUGGAGUUGCUGACGGAGUUGGAGGAUGGUCACAAUACGGACGAGACUCGAGUUUAAUGUCGAGACAAUUAAUGCAAAAUUGUUAUUUUUAUUCCUUAUAUAAUGGAAAAGAGUAUGAAGAUCCAGCCAAGUUAAUUGAAAGAUCGUAUUCAGAUAUUGUGGAAAAGAAGCAAGUGUUGGCAGGAAGUACAACAUGUUGUGUGCUGACUCUGGAUGAAACCAAUGGACUUUUAAAAUCUGCAAAUAUUGGAGAUUCUGGAUUUUUGGUGAUGCGACGAAAACAGCAAACAGAUGGAACUCCCUCUAAAGGUCCCUAUGAACUGUUGUAUAGAUCUAUGCCUCAACAACACUAUCACAAUGCUCCCUAUCAAUUAGCAAUUAUUCCCGAGUAUUUACGAGGAAGAUUUGACGAUUCUCCAAAAGAUGCCGUUUGUCAUUCUCUAAAACUUUGUAAUGGAGAUUUAAUCAUUGUUGGUACUGAUGGGCUGUUCGACAAUUUAUAUGAUCACCAAAUUGUCGAAUUUGUUAAUCAGAAUCUUGACAAGAGUGAAUUUGAACUUGCCAAGAAUUUACUACUGAAAGCAAGACAAAUUGCAUUUGGUUAUGAAAAUGUGAAAAGCACGCCAUUCCAGGAUCAAUCCGAAAAGAAUGGAUUUUUUUAUUUGGGAGGAAAACCUGAUGACAUUACCGUCGUUGUGGCACGAGUGGUUAUGAAAUAG